GUUUCUCAGUCGACAAGUCAAAACUCGAUCGCUCUAAAAAAAUCGCUGCUUCAUUCGACGAUUGUUCCUGAUCGGACAUCUCGCACACGGAAACACGUCCUUUUACGCCAUCAGAUCAGAACGCGGAGAGAAUGCAGCGGUAUAAAACGAUGCGCUCAUCAGUUCGCGCAAUCAUACGUCGAGCAGUGUCGGCAAGUAGUGGACCACGAUUCAUAACGACAGGUUCUUUAGGGCCUACAAGGUACACAAAACCGACUUGUAUGCCAUUUCAACAGAAAGGUGAACAAUGCCGAGUAAACGCUGAGACUAUUACGACCAAUUUGACUUACCCGGACACUUCGGAAAUCGCUGUUAAAGAUAUUCACUACAUCUUGUGUCCUUGCGCUGACGGAUUAUUCUGUAAUCCAAAACGCGGCAUUUGCAAGUAGAAUUUUCUGUCAAUCAAAGAGACCGGAAAUAUCAUAACUAUCAUGAUUAUAUGGGGUCAAAUAUUUCGAGGAAAGAAACAAGUAACAUUGAGGAAAUAUUUUCAAUUAUAUGUUGACAGUAAUAGUAGACCGAAAAUAUUCACGAGAAAUU